UCCAUCAUUACGACUCCGCGGGCCGCACCUAGUUCUGAUAGUUGUCCCUUGCAUGUUAUCGGUUGCAAUUUCUUGCUAGAACUCCCCCAAUUUGAUUCAAAAGUAGUGUUAUUUGGUAGAGCCACGUGGCGCGAACGAUUUGAGGUGGUUUACUGUUUUGAAAUAACGCGUUUGCGCGAAGGGCGAGGCGUCGAAAGUCUGCCCUUUCUCGUCUGCUGCGUAUUCAAAUCUCCCUCGAUGCGUAGAGAAGCUUUUUUUUUUGCACUUUCGUGUUGUGAGUGGUUUUUUUUUUCUUCCUUUCGGCCAGUGUCUGGAAUACACAAGUCGCAAUCAACAUCAUCAUCGUGUUGAAAAAGCACUGCUGGAAUGCUGCAUGGAUUGUGAAACGGAUAAGUCGUUUAAAGUUUAGUGCUACCAGCGCCAGCCUCGUUUGGAGGGUGUAGAAGUGUUCGGUGCGUGCUGUGGAAGGGUUUUAGUGUUUGGAAAUAUUACGCUGUAGUGAAAUAAACAACAACAGCACAGGUUUCCAGUAUGAAAUGUGGUUUACUAAUUAGUGCGCAGUCGGAAAAGUGAAAAGUGUUAACAAUAGGAUUGCCUAUAUGGCAUUGUUGUGUGUUGAAUGGAGUCUCGAGGGCAGCAUCCCCUUUCCGAUCAUCACAGAAGGAAAUACAUCGAUGUGUUAAGGGCGUAAAUCCCACACCACAUGCUGUCCGCUGGCGUCUGUUUGCUUUCGCAAGAAAUGUCGGGCCCGAUAGACAACGCAACAGCGUUCAGCUGAUUCAGUCCAGUGCAAAUACCGCCAGUGGAAUGGUCUGCAGUGGCGGUGGCGACACGGUGACGACAGUGUUUUUAAUUAGUGCCUUCCGAAAGCUGGAAACAAAGUGUAUUCGUGAAAUGUCACAGUGCAGUGACUGAGUCAAAUUGAGUGAACGCGCGGUGCCAGAGAUCAGUGUUAGUUGACAACCGACAGUCGUAACGAUGGAUCGGAAAUUCGUCGAAAGUGAUAUUAAUUUUAAUUCGAAACGACCGAUAAGUGAAACCGACCGCGUGAGAAUGCUGCCCCCGAAGCGGCUUUGUUGGAAGAACCGGUGGAAGAUUCCGUGGGAUGUUGGCGCUUUUUUGUGGGUAGUGUUGCUAGUGGCGAGCAGUGUGACCGUGAGUCUGGGUCAAGAAAACGGUGAAAGUGGCUCCGAUCAUCCGGAUCGUGAUUUCGAAAAUAUCGCCCAAGCGAGUAAGGAAAUUAUCACGAACCACAUUUCGAAUAAAGAAAGUGGUGGGCUUAAGGAUGAGUCACGGUAUGAGUACGAGAACGAGCUUCCCUCGGAGAGUGGUUUGCAUUACACGGAGAUUUCCGGAGACGUUGUGCUUGGUGAGAAGAUUCUAAGGGCCUCGGAAAGUCCUUAUUCGCUGAAGACAGACCUGGAAGUGGAACGAAGAGCGCGACUAAUCAUAGAACCGGGAGUUACAAUUUAUUUCGCUCCGAUGGUUGGAAUCACCGUGAGAGGAUCACUGGUGGCUUUGGGUUCAUCGGAAAACAAGAUUAUCUUUUCGUCGUUGCCAAACUCGGGCUACAAAGAUGCAGCGUCAGAUCCGAGAGAAGUGGGCGCUCGACUAGUGGACGGACCAAGUCCUCUGGCCGGGAGACUCCAGCUGUUGAGCAAGGGAAAAUGGCGCUCUGUUUGUACCAACUCCAAAAACUGGACGAUCUCCAAUUAUGAAACGGUUUGUCGUCAGAUGGGUUACAAGGGUGGACGGUUCUGGUACUGGAUGGAUCGCAUACAGAAUUAUGCACCGAGACUGUUGUACGAAGACCCACGAUGUGUUGGAACGGAAGGUUCGAUAUUCGAUUGCGCUUGGGAGAGCAGACAGAUCGGCUCGGGUGUUUGUGACUAUCAUAGCGAUAUUGGGAUCCAGUGUUUACCAUUGUUCGAUAAAGUGACGCCCCAUUGGCGGGGAAUUCGGUUCGAGAAUGCUGAGAGUAAGGAAACGCUAGCGCACAAUCAUAUAUUGUAUGAUUUCAUCUCGCUGUCGGAGUUGAGGAAUGUUGAAAUUAUUAGAGCAGGGACGGGAAGAGGAGGGAGUGUGGAAGCUGCGAUUAUGGUGCUUGGAGUGCCUCCGAUAUUAGACCAUGUGCUAAUCGAUCAUUCAUCGUUCACCGGCAUCAACGUCACCAGGCAUGAUGCUGCGUUUAAUUUCAAGGAUGUUACGGUGAGAAGAAGUAACGGUUUUGGGAUCUUCGUGAACUCAAGCUAUGGAUCUACGUUGCUCGAUGGAGUAACGGUCAGCGAAAAUGGAGCUGAUGGUAUACGUUAUGUUGGUCACGAUUUACGUGCACACGAACGCACUGAUCGGAGCAAAUUGUUUGACUUUUGUACCCUCACAACCACCGCAUGGCAGAUAUACCCCUUACAUCUGUCAUUCGAGCAAUCUCAAUUCGCUUUAUCCCAAAAGCAAUGUUCGCAAUCGUUGACCACCGGUAAUAGUUACGUCUUGACGCUACACUUUGUCUACUUUGAAGUUGCUCGUAACGAGAGUUCUGUUAUCCAAAUUUAUGACGGUAUGUCAGAGAGCGAUCGACUCCUAGCUUCCUGGAACAUUCGCAAUUUCACGCGACCUCAAAGUGUCACCAGUACUCGGGAGAAAAUGUUUAUCAAAUUUCUAGCCGAGCCCAGGAGUCAGGUGUUAGCUCAUUUCCGUGUAACUGCCGGUGUUACGAAGGCAUAUGAUCUCAAUGUUACGCAGGCAACCGUUGUGGAUAAUGGAGGCCGUGGAAUUGCUAUCGACAAUCUCCGGUCACAAGUUCACGUUCACGAUUCAGUGAUCUCAAACAAUAAACAUGCAGCAGGUUUGCAUGUCACCAGUGGAGCGGGAGACAUCAAUGUCACCGAUUCGAAAAUUAGCUUCAACGUCGGAGAUGGGAUCAACGUAACAUAUUACGGCGGAAACAGAAACAUUUCUAGAAGUUCCUUGAGUUCCAACCAAGGUUAUGGUUUCGCCGUUUGGUUGAAUCAAACUACGAAGGAUCGUCAAGAAUUUCUGGAAUUCAAUCAAAGCACCACGAUUGAAUACUCCAACAUAGUGAACAAUCUGGAGGUCGGUGUUUUGCAUGGGAAUUAUUGUGGCGAUUCUUGGGUUAACAUCACCGGUAAUUGGUUCAAUGAUAGUUCGGGCAAUGCGAUCGACAUACAGUCUUGUUGGUUCGAAACGAUCGAUAAUCGAAGACUGAGACUUCAAAUAGGUCACAACAAUUUCGAGCAUUCGAACAAAAUUGGAAUAGUGAUAACACCGGCGUUAAAUUUGGAAGGGAAGAUCGAGUACAAUCAGUUUCUGAAAGGGAGGUAUGGCUCGCUGCUCAUUCGAAACAAAGCCUGGGAGGAGUUCCGUCAUCUACCGGUGCGAUUGAUUGUGCAACAUAAUCAUUUCAUGUACAACAGGGGCAUCUUCGUAGUUUCAUUGGGAUUAUCCCCAAAUACGGAUCGCAAAACCCAGUGGCUACUGUUCACGAGGAAUUUUGUGAAAAACAACAAAAUCAAGGAAGCUUUCGGUCCACUGGAAGAUGAAGGGGAAGGUCUGGGUGGAGAAGGUCGUCUGAAUCCAAGGUCUCGUGUCGCCGCUCCGGUGGUAAUAUCUUCGAACAAUGUGGACGUCUUCAGGAACAUCAUUUCCAAUUAUGAGUCCAAUUACGAAGUGGGGUCGCAGUUGUCCGAUCAGAGCAAGGCGUUGAAUGUGACUUACAACUGGCUCGGCUAUCAGGAGGAAGAGAAGAUCUACGAACGGCUGUUUCAUCGUAAAGAUCGGUAUGACUUGGCGAAAAUCGAAUACUUUCCCUAUUUGCUGCAUCACUCCAAUCCGGGCACACAAACCAUUGCGCAGUAUGCAAAAUUUGUACCAUUUUUCUAUAAAGAAGGUAGCGAUCGCAUCGGUGGGGAGGUCGAUGGUCAGGAGAUUCUGCCCUCUGGAAGUUAUACCGUGGAGAGGGAUAUCAAUGUGAGGCCCGGAGGCAAGCUGAUCAUUAACUCGGGAGUUAUUCUGAACUUUGCUCCAAGUGUUGGCAUGAUGGUUACUGGAAAACUCGAAGCGCGAGGCCGCAAACCGGAUGAUAUUUUGUUCACACUGAAGCGGGAAGCGGUCAUGAUGGAGAACGACACUACGGAAGCGAUUAUUAUGGAUACGGAGGUUGCGAUGGAUAUCGAAACGGAGUCGUUCCUCGAUGCAGAAUCUACGGAACAUCAAACGCCUAAGAGUCCCGUUCGGUUGGUUGGAGGUAUCUCCGAUCACGAGGGUAGACUGCAGGUAUACACGGAGGGUCGUUGGGGUACUGUAUGCGAUUACGGUUGGACGAUGAUCAAUGCGGCGUUGGUUUGCCAUCAGCUCGGGUUGGCGCUCAAUCCAAGGGAUUGGAGGUUGCUGCGAUCGGAGGUACCGGGUGCGGGUACUUCGGAAGAUGUACUGCUUUCGAACGUUCGGUGUACCGAGCAUGAUAUCGAUAUAACAGAGUGUCGAUCUGAGCGAGCUUCUCGGGGUGAGUUCGAGAAUUCUUGUAGUCACGAAAACGACGUAGGAGUUAGAUGUUAUGAAGGGGCUUGGGCUGGACUGCGCUUUGGAGUACUGGCUGAAAGAGCAGAUCUUCAGUACGUAACUAUCGAAAAGGCUGGACUGUUCGAUUAUAUGACCGAUACAUUCAAGCCAGCACUUCAAAUGGAUUUCGCUCGGCACAAUUUGGACAGUAUAAGAGUGGUGGAAAAUCUCCAGGAUGGAUUGGGGGUGAUCUAUUCGGAUAUCUACGCCGGAUCGUCGGUUAACAACAUAAAGAAUUCAGAGUUUGCAUCCAAUCGUGGCAAUGGAAUAAGUAUCAAACAGCUAGGAUUGAAAAUCCAUGGAAGCAUCAUCAGAGACAAUCGAGGAUUUGGCAUCAAUCAUGAUUCUGUCCUGGCGGCAAUGGAACAAAGGGAAAUCACCAGUUGGUUCAACAUGGUUCCCGAUUUCAACAUUGACGACUCGGAGUAUAGGCCAAUAAUGCUACCACGUGAUUCGCAAAACAUCGAUAUUGACCAGUGGCAAAUCAAACACAUCAUUACUCUCCCGGUACACGAUGAUCCGAUCGAAAAGCUGAUUACGAUCCGUUGUCAGCCUGGAUACGUGAUCGGUUUCCAGCUGUUGAACCCGAUUGAGAACCGAUCGACGGAGGAUAUUUGGAUAUUCGAUUCUUUGGCCGGUAACACAAAUUCCGAUGUGUGGCAGGUCAAGAGGGAUCUAAGUGUGUUUCCGCUCACCACUAGCAGUUACGGUGCGAUCCUUCACUACAAAAGUGGUCAUAACGCUUUGGGAGGGGCCGUGCUCGUUUUGCGAUCAAUUCAAGCACCAGUACAAAACAUCCGGAAGCGAAUCGUGCGUGGUCCGGUGCCGACACUUCAGAUUACAUCGACGAAAAUUCAACGGAAUUUCCGCGGAAUGACAGCCACCUAUUACAAUCGUUACUUGGGACAGAACAAUGAACACUAUCUGCGUAAGGCGAACGAGUCGAUAAAGCUGGUGAACUGUGAGAUCAGUCAUAAUCGUGAGGAAGCGAUAUUCGUACAUUCCCCUUUCUGGGAUGUUCACGAGAGUAACAUUUCGGAGAUAACGAUCCACGUCAACAACAGUAUGCUACGGGACAACGGACGAGGGAUUCGGCAGUUUUCGAAGGAUCUGCGAUCAUCAAAUAACCUGUUCCACUAUGUUCUGCAAGAUACAACGUUGGAAAGUAACUCUUUCGGUGGGUUGGAACUCAGUUUACCGUACGUGUGGCAAUACAACGAGAACUUUACCCAUUCGGUGUUCCUGGGAAAUGACACCUGGGUUAGAAACAGGCGAUUUGGAAUCCUGAUCGAUGGUCACUACGCCGCGGUGAAUAUUUCUUCCAACAUUUUCAUGGAGAAUACUUGCGCCCAGGGUUUGAUCGGAUUCAAAGGAAUGGAGAAGAAACUUCGGAUAGAUAACAAUCGAAUCGUGAAAAACUCCGGGAAAUAUAUGGCAGAAUUUCAGUCGGACAGUCAGAGUGAAAUUUUGGGCGAAAUCCCGGCGAUUUUUGCGUACAAUCACAUCGAAAACAAUGAAAAGAUCGUUCCGAAGCGAUCGGAAAUGCGGAAUUUCAUUCGAGGGGACGGUGGAAACGCCAAGGAACCGACCUGUGUGAUCGGAUUCGGUGGCGUGCAGAAGGUGAAAAUCUAUCGAAACGUGAUUUCGAAUAAUGAGCAGGACUAUGACUUGAUCGCCGGUAUCAAAUCGGCCAGAUUGAAUAACUUUUUGGAUGUUCGGGAGAACUGGUGGGGUUCGCAGGAUGAACAGCACAUCCGGGCGAGGAUUUUCGAUUUCAACGAUUGGAAUAACCAUGCCGAGGCGCAAUACCGGCCGUACCUGAUUGAGGAUAGUAUCGAUGGAAGUGUUUCGGUGUCUGCCACAAACGAUCGGACGUCUUCGACGAACAACUUGGGUGGUAAAAUCAUGGAAGACAUCUCUGUGUUUCGCCGGGAGCAACCAUAUGUAGUUAAUGCCGACAUAACAAUCAUGCCGGGGGUCACAAUGAGUGUCUAUCCGGGAGUUGUGAUGGAGUUCGCCCCGAAUGUUGGGAUACUGGCAUUGGGAACAUUGAUUGCGAGGGGAACUCGCGACGGUGAGAUCAUCAUGAAACCUCGCCAAAAAUUCUCAGAAGAACUGAAUCGCGUGGAGAGAUCCCUCGAGAACAUGGUCAACUAUGAUUCCAUUCGACUGUGCACCAACAGAAACUGUUCCGGAAGUGAGCGAGAAAACGAAAAAAUACGAGAGGGCUUCCUGGAGUAUUACAAUCAUACCACCUUGCAGUGGAUUCCGAUAUGCGACCGAAGAUUCACCGAACGCAACGCUCAGGUUGUGUGUCGUGAACUGGGUUACGAUCCGCUGGAUGUGUUCUUCGGACACGAUCGACGCAUUGAGUUCCACACAAAUUCGCUGACCAGGAUUUGGACAUGGGUCGAACCGAUGGAGUGUCAUGGUGAUGAGUUGAGAGUUGAAGACUGUCCUGAACGGCUGAACGGUCAACUGUACGGAAGGCGUCAUGAGUGCAGAUGGGAUUCCGAGUUCGUGUUCAUCAGCUGCAAUGGAGAGCCGGAGCAGAAAAACUAUUGGGGUGGAAUUCGAUUUGCCAAUCCGGAGUUCGAAGCAAGUCUGUACGAGCAUAGGAUUCAUGAUGCAAUAACUCAUUCGACGGGUAGACCUGUGGAAAGUGUGUUGGAACUCGUCCGUAUUGAGCGGGCUGGAAUGUUACAUGGCGAGAAAUCACCCGCCGUGCAGACUAUUUCGAAGAAUCCCAGUAUAAGUUUUGUGUCGAUUACAAACAGUGCCCAUCAUGCAGUCAAUUUGGUCUCGCCGAGUGAUGCGAUUCAUUUGAACUUUUUGAACAUUUCGGGUGCGUUUGGACAGGGAAUCAACGCCAUCUCGUUGACGGGCGAAGGUCGAGAAAGUGACGAAUCCAGCUAUAGUCCUCUGAAGGAUUUGGAUCUUCCCUACAAUCUCUUCUCGAUGAUAGAUAUCUGCGAUACAAAUAAAGAGGUUUACCUGGAGGAGCGAGUCGUGGUUUAUUACAAAUACGACAACAAUCCAGUAAAUUGCGUCAAAAUUUUCAAAAGUGCCUAUCGAGUGAAACCACUCGGAUUCCGAUUGCUGCAGUCGAAUCUAUUCAAUCACUCGAAGGAAUACGGCCGUCGAGAUAUGCUUCAGCUGUUGGACGGAGAUAUCUACAAUGUUUCCGCAAAGGUCGUCGGAGUGAUCGAUGCCGAUUCCGACAAUCAGAAGAGAUUAUUCAAAACUAUCGAACCCGUGCUGAGUGUGCGAUUGAUCGCUAGUGGUGCUCCCGCUAGACAUGGUUUCAUCGCGGAGGUUGUAACGCUACCGACUUCAGCAAUUGGAUUUAAUCGCGACGCUCAUCACAACAUUUCCAACUCGGAGAUUCAGGACUGCGUUGGUGGAGCAAUUCAUUAUGUGACGGUCGGCGAGGUGUCACCAAUUUUAACGUUGGAAAGAAACCGUUUCAUCGGAAACUGCCGACAGCUUUAUGGAAACUUCUCGACCUGUGAGGCCACCGUGAGAGCAGAUGUCCAAAACAUGCAGUCGUUGUAUUUUAGGAACAACCUCGUACAGGAUAAUCAGGGAGGGCUGUCGAUCCGGGCGGAUUCACGUGGUUCGGCCACAUCACUGCGUGGCUGGAUCCACAAUAAUCUGUUUGUGAGGAACCGUAACCGGCCAUCGCUGUACGUUGAAGGCCGUCAGUCGUCCCCCUAUCAGGAAAUUACGGUCCACAAUAACUAUAUCACACAGAACCAGGGUGGCUACAGGGAUGUGGUUGUGCUGCGACAAGUCGUGUCCAAUUUCAGCUACAAUUACGUGCACAGCAACAGGGGUGGUCGAAUCGUGGAGGUGUCCGGAUUCGACCGAGUGAGACUUCCGAUUUACCAAACUACCUCGCAUAAUGGGUUCUACGACAACGUUGCAACGGAUUGGAGGGGGAGAGCCACGAUCGUCGCUGGUACCGCCGGACAACACUACGUGGAUAAUAUUUUUGCAAAUCCAGAUAAUGAUUACGAAAUGAUAACCGUUAAUCGUUCCAUAUUUGAAUUCCAGUAUUGGAAUAGCACCCUGGACGUGUGGAAAACCAAAAUCGACGCCAAGUUGAACUACUGGAGCUACAACGAAACACUGGCGGUCGGUUCCCGCAUCCGGGACCGUUUCGACGACCCGCAGCUACUGGAAGUUCAGUACUUGCCGUUGCAUAUGAACAACUUGACAGUGCUGGAUGGCAAAUGUCCCCCCGGAUGGACGCUGCUGAUCGACACCUGCUACAUGUACGUUGGAGUACCGAUGAGUUUCCACGAAGCGAGAGCGUUCUGUCGUUCCGACAACGCUUCGCUCCCCUUCAUCCAUGGUGACGUUUCGGCUCUAUGGUUCUAUCUUGAGCAACAGUCUCGCUACCUGCGCUUUGCGGAAAAAGUGUGGGUGCAGGAUCCGAACUAUAUCGAUCGAUGCACCUCGUUCAUCUAUCGGAACGUAGAAAUCGAAGAGUGUCACCAGAGACAUGCAUUCCUGUGCGAAAUUGAUCCGAAGGUCCAAAUUGAUCCGCUGUUUUGGAAGGCGGAUGUCGUCGCCAUAGCUAUGCUUUCCGCGUUGAUUCUAGUGUUUCUGCUGCUGAUAUGCAUCUGCGUAUGUUGGGUCUACAAAUCUCGCUACCGACAAACUCAGCGGCUGCAACGCCGCAAUAGCAUUCGGCAAAGUUUGCGCAGCUUGAACAGUAUUGAUCCUCAGGGUUCGAUUAGGAGACGAAAUUUUGUUGUUUCUCGUUCAACGGAUACGCUGAAAUCUGCAACAACCGGCACGACUGAUUAUAAGAAAAUGGCCUCAAACGGUUCCAUCGAGUCGGUCGACAAGAGCGUGCUAAGCUCGGAAACUAAUUACGAUAUGUACGAGAAGCAGGAGCAGCCAUAUAGCAACGAUUACACCGAGCAGCUGAAAAGUCAGCUGGGUUACAGCGACGGACCCACCAAUGGUGGAUCCGAUUUCAUGCAGCACUCAAACGGUAACAGCCCCACACGUACCAAAGUGUAUGGUUUGCCGAGCUACGCUUCGAACGGUGGCAGCACGGCAUUCGAGUUGGCGUUCCGGAAUGAGGGCUUCCGUGACAACUCGACCACCUACUCGGGGGUAACGCGUAACAACUCUGUUAACACGGCAAUCAAUGAGGACACGCCAAUAAUUCAUUAUACGGGUGAAAACGACGAAGCCGGGUUAGAUUAUUACGGGAAUUCCAGCACACUGCCCAUGAGAGUGAAGGGAGACAAUCUAUCGUUCCUCAAUGAGUUGAAGAAUCGCUUGCCUGAGUAUGAACCACUGCCAUCCAGUACGAGUCACAGUAGUUUUUUGCCAGCUCCUCCGGAGCCUCCUGGCAACAACACAUCACAGCUUAGUGCAAGUACACUGCCAUACGAUAAGAAAAUUGAUCGCUUAAAUUUUAGCUCUCCCCACGAGUAUCAGCAGCCUAGCAUUCAAGUUCGUCGACCCGCUGAACCUGAACCUCCCAGUGCCGAUGCUAGGGAGAUUCGAAGGCCGGAAUCCUACAUGAAAGCGCUUAAGAAAUACGCUAUUCCCGGUCGAGAACGGGAAUCCAUCAUUCCACCGCCACGCACAGACAAUGUACGACCUAAAACUCUGUACGAAGCAUCGAACGAGACAUCUCCACCGACUUCACCGCGACGCUCGAACUACGAACGAUCCAGAUCGGAAGCCCUGCUGGAAACCAACUUCGACGAGACACUGCCUCCGAUGCCCACCAUGCUGAGCUCGGACAGCCGAAGUUAUUCGCAACCACUUGAGACUGCUAUGUAAUAAUAGGUCGGAAAGCCGGAGUAGUAGGGAUUUGAUGUGCUGAUUAUACAGCUAAAUGGUAGAACCAAUGCAUCGAUUAGGCAAAUUGCGGGACGAGUGCCCAAUUGUUAUUGUCCCAUAGAUAUAUGUAUUCGGAUAUAUUAACGUAGCAUUUUGAAAAGUCGCGGUUGGCUUGUUGUUGGGUAGAAAUAUUCACAUGUUUUCAAGCAUAAUGUUAUAAAGCGUAUGUGCCUUUUCCUCGUAGUAGGGAAAUAACCGACUAAAAUGCAGAUGUCAGCAAAUUAAUCUCUGUUGAUUGUUCUGCUCGAAUACUCCUGGCUCAUGUUGUUAAGAUUGCUUACUAUAUCUCCGCAUAUAAAUAGAAAAGUAGAGGAACGACAAUCCGAAAACAAUCCGUGAUAGGGCAUAUUAUGCAUUCAAAUCAAAAUCGCGUGAUUUAUUUUCAGUAAAUAUUCCACCGCUACGAUCGAUUUCAGCCGGAGGAAGAGUGUGAUCGUAAACACAAGUGAUAACAGAAACUUUGCGGUGUGGAGAUCACAAACCACCAGAAGGUCAAUGCUAUUCCUGUAACAGAUUGAUUGAUUUGUAAUCACAUAAACAAUAAUAAUCACAAAAAGUGCUCUACUAUUCAAAUAAGAUAUUCUGAUUGAUCAGUGGUUUGAUCGAUAGAGACCGCGUUUUGUAAAUAUUCUUUUUGUAAUUGAGACAAAUCAUUAUAAUUAUUUUUAUGUAUUCGUUUAGGAGCAACUAAAGAAUAAGAUGCUCGUGAAUUUGAAAGAAAAAUGUUGGAUUUUAUGUAGUAACAAACGAUGUAAACUCAAGUUUAACGUUUUGCGUUCGCUUUUGUACCGUCCAAUGAAUCGUGUAUUUAUUUUGUAAUUAACGUUGAGACAAUCGUGUUAGUAUUAGCGUGACAAUGGCAAUGUGCAAACAUAACUGCGACACACGUAGAUCGAAUAAAUGUGAAGUUGCGAUUUUUUUUCUCAAAAUGUAAUUAAGAAAGAUUAUUUUAAUGAAAAUAAUAAUAA